GCUAGACUUUUUCUUGCUAACUUGCUAUUUUCAGUAUAUCUUGUAAUUCUCAUGCUUAUAACAUGUUUUCUGAAAGAACGCCUAUGAGGAAUAUAUUUCAGAAUAUUUACUGCACUGAAAUGAAGAACACAGUUCCUUCUUCUUGGUCUGUGAAAUCUCACAAGUGGGUUUAUUGCGCCUGCACAGGCUCCAACAGAAGCUUUUCCAUCUGCUCUCCCUUUAGCUGUCCUGGAAGAGGUCACUACGUUGCUUCAAAAGUGAGCCAUAGAGCCUCUAUACAAAAAAAGACUACAAUUGAGCAUGUCUUUCUUAGUACUUCACAAUCCUGAAGAAAGACAGCAGUCUGUGCUAAUUUCAUGUAUGUUAGGGGUCCCCAAAAGGCACUUGGGAUUCAAGUGAACUCCUGUAUUCUGCAGCCUUCAGAAAUGAAAGUUGUCUGAGGCAUGCAGUUUUAAACUGCUGCACCUCUGCUCUUUCUGCGUCUGUGCUAUAGUUAAACACCCUGUAACUUUUUCUCUGCCAAGAGUCCUCGGCAACAUAUUUUUAUUCCUGUUCCAAAAUAUUUACAGUUACCUAUAGAGAUUAGCACACAGACAUGGUCCUGACAAAAUAGAGAGUAUCAAGCACAUACUGUCUUUUUAUAUCAUUUCCCUUCCAUGCUUAUUUCUGUUGACACCUCCGGAUAUGACAUCUGGAUUAGUCACUGUUACCUGGCCAGACAUGACAUUUCUGGUCCAGCCUCGCCACACUCUCAGUAGCUAACCCCUCAGUGUCAGUGCUGUGCUAGCACAUGUCUUUGGAAUGAUUUUCCUAGCCUAUAUCUCCACCAAUAAACAAUAAUAUGAUCACCACCAGGCGCCUCCUUUAUGACGUCACCUCCCGGGGCAGGGUUCCUGCUAGGAGGGGCGGCGCAUGUGCGGUGAGCAGGAAGGUGACAGAGCGCCUGUUGCCUUCCUCUCGCCCGGCUUCUUCCUCCUUCCUCUUUGGGACCAAGCAGGAGCAUUGCCACAGCAAGAUGGCAGCCGCCGCGGCCUCUCCGCUCAAGCAUUUUGUGACCGCCAAGAAGAAGGUCAGCGGCAUCUUCAAGCAGCUGGCUGCCUACAUCCAGGAGAGCGCCGCUUUCCUUUAGGAGACGCACCGGGAUGUGGAGCUGGACCCAGUCACGACAGAGGAACAGGUGCUGGAGGUCAAAGGAUACCUUUCGAAGAUCAGCGGCAUCAGCGAGGUGGUUGCCCGGCGACACAUGAAGGUGGCCUUCUUCGGACGGACCAGCAACGGGAAGGGCACCGUCAUUAACGCCAUGCUCUGGGACAAGGUCCUGCCCUCCGGCAUCAGCCACACCACCAACUGCUUCCUGCGGGUCGAGGGCACCGACGGGCAGGACGCUUUCCUCCUGACCAAAGGCUCCAAGGAGCGCAAGAGCGUCAAGACGGCCAACCAACUGGCGCCCGCCUUGCACCAGUAUGAGCGGCUGGCAUCCGGCGGGCUUGUCAGCAUCAUGUGGCCCAACUCCAAGUGCCCCCUCAAGGACGACCUGGUGCUGAUGGACAGCCCCGGGAUCGACGUGACCACCGAACUGGACAGCUGGAUCGACAAGUACUGCUUGGACGCCAAUGUCUUCAUCCUGGUGGCCAACGCCGAGUCCACCCUCAUGCAGAUGGAGAAGCAGUUCUUCUACAAGGUCAGCAUCCGCCUCUUGUGCCCAAACCUCUUCAUCCUCAACAACCGCUGGGACGCCUCCACCUCUGAACCUGAAUACAUGGAGGAGGUGCGCCGUCAGCAAAAAAACAAAAACAAAAACCCAAAAUAAAAUAAUAUAAACCAAGACAUUGUGUUAUGAGCAUUGUUUCCAAACCCAGCCUCUCCCCUGGAGAGGAGACUUCACUUGCUUGAUGUAAAACGUGCGUUGUCUUUCUAUAUCAAUAAAACUACUGAUUCCUCAAGGUUGCAUAGGUUGUUUAUUGUCUGUGCUAUUGACAAACUUGAACUCCCUGUGUCUCCUCAAAGACUGUCCAAAUACAUAGCUCACACUAUCAAACUGGGUCAUCAACUUGCUGGUAAGCAACUGCCAGGCCAUGUUUGGGCCCAUGGGACUAGGGCAGCAUCGACAUCUACUGCCUUUUUGCAAGGUAUGUCACUGGAUAUGAUCUGUUAGGCGGCUAUGUGAAGCACACCACCUUUGUGUCUCACUAUUGUUUGAUCUCUAUAUCAUUGAAGGACACUUCGCUUGAUUGAUCAGUUCUGCUGCCCUGUAUUUUUUGAUAUCUCUGAACCCUGUUUUUGGGAAUAUGUAUCCUAUCUGCUGUGUGUUGUACCAUGGUUCUGUUUAUUGUACCUCUAUGAAAUGCAAUGUUCACUAGGCAGACGUUCACAUUUGUAACCAGUCUCAUGUCCAGACUAUACUGUUGAUCUAUUCAUCUCAUUGGAUGUAUAGUCAGGUGUCUUACUCAUCUGUGUGCUUUGCAUAUGACAAUAUUGCCUGUGUACUUUCUGCUCAUUUCUACCUGUUUUAUGGUAUUGAAAUAUGCAAAAAGAAAUGGGUGACCUUUCAAAGCUUUAUUGUUGAGACAGUGCUCUUUAUUGAAUAAAAACCUUAUUUUUUCAUCCAAGAUGCUGGUCGACUAUGUGUCAUAAGUUCUGCCUCUGAUUAGCUUGCUACUCGCCCCCAUUGUGUGAUUCACAGAUAUGAUGAAGAAAAAGGUCAGGUUGUUUCCCUGUAACCUACAGAACCUCAAAGAAAUAGAGUACCUGUGAAUACCCUGCCUAUACUCUCUACAGAGGGAUCAUGUCACCUCUGGUCUCACUGGCUGUAGCUGCAGCCUCAAGACUAAGGGAUUUAGGCAGCAACCAGGCCUUUUAUGUACAGUUAGUCCCCAAGUUACAAGCAAGAUAGGUUCUGUAGGUUUGUUUUGAAGGUAAAUGUGUAAGUCAUAACAGGUACAUUUUUACACCUCACUGUCCCUAUGAUCAUUGGAUUUUGAAAAAUGUGGCAUAUCGUGGAAACAAGAAUUGGUGAUAAAGCUUCAGUGAGAACUCUUUCCGGAGAGAAUUUCCCUUCCUAGGGGUGGGUUUCUCUCACUUCCUGUUGUCUCACCCCGUUCCUAACUAAGUUGGAUGUUUGUAACUCGGGGACUGAUUUACUUGGAAAAUUGGGUGAAGUUACAGCAAAAAAAAAUAUCCUAGGAGGUUUCAAAGAGGCUUUGUGCAGGUGCAGAAUAUUCAGUUGUGUGAAUUCACAGAUGACCAGUCAAAGAAAUAUAGUUACAGGUAGGCAGCCUGUCCAUAAUAUUGUUUAAUUGAUAUAUAUUAAUUAUGCUUUCUUUGAAAUCUUUCACAAAUAUAUUAAAAGUGUGCUUGCAAAUGAAGUAAAACAUAUGAGUGUUUAGUUCAUUAUAGUGAAGCUGUAGUAGUAACAGUUUAGCUGAUGUGUGCUCCUUUUGAUUAUUCAAAUAACUCAGUUGAGUUUGGUCAAUAAUAGCUCUUUUUUUUAAAAAAAGGAGGUGUCUUUGCAGUACACACUUUAAUUAUGACAUUUACUUCAUAUGUAUUCCUGACUUCUUUUUAGUUGGAAUCAUUCCUAGGAGUUUACAUGUUUGAAUAGGCAAUGAUAAACAAGGGACUGCAAUUUUAUCCACUUUUAAGAAAAAGAAAUGAUAUUGUCAUCUUCAGGUUGUAUCAUAAGAAUGGGCAUUUUAAAAAAAUGCUACAUUUUAUUCCCUCCCUUUUAUCCCCUGUAUUUGUUGA